AUGGUAUGGACAACCAACGACGCCAGAACGGUAGAAAUGGUAGCAGUACGAGAGAACAUUCCAGCAUACCAGAAGAUCAGUAAACUAAUGGUUGAGAACGAAUCUCUGAAGGACCUUCAACAUCAUAGGCGACUUCCAAGAAGCAAAAAGGAACGACAGAUCAUAACGACAAUGGUCAUGCCAUUCCUUGUUGCACGGAAGAAAAGCUCGUUGAAAGACGAGAGGAAACAGAAAAGAAGAAGGCUGUGUGGUCGUACAGUCAGAAUAUCAGAAGUCCGUAAGGAAAUGAAGGAUGAACGUAGAAAAACCGUAUUUGGAAUCAGAGUGGAAAAUAAUGAGAAUGAGAAAGCAGAUGAGGUUGAGAAAAGCUCCGUGAAAGAUGUAGGAGAGCACUCUGCCAGCUUACCCACCAAGAACCACAUUUCACCUGGCCAGCCGCAAAGCAGCUGGCCAGGUGAAAUGCUGAAGGCGGUUCUUGGCCAUUUCGGAAAGAUGCCGAGAGGAGGAUGGCCGUUGUGCAGUUCCCUGUAUUGCGAGAAAUUUGUGUGUGCAAUUAGCCUUCAGGAACUGAAGAAACAAGCGAAUGCUGCAAAUAUCAGUAUUGCGGGAUGUCCAUGUUCGCAGAAACGGUUUUUGGAGGAGUCAGCAAAACGUAUCAAAGCACAAGAUACGUACUUCCAGAAAAACACGCUGCACCAGUCUAAGGUUUAUCUCGAUGUGCAAGAGAAAUAUUUAGUGCUGAAUGCAAGAAGAACAAGGACGUGCGAUGGACCAAACAAAGUGGACGCGAAAAAUCGAAAAUUCAUCAUGGCAAUGUGGAUUGUAGAGUUUCUGAGAAGCAUCACCUCCAGAUGGUCAGGGACAUCGAAAAACAAUGAAGAAGCCAUAAUGGAGAGAAAAAUGCAGCGAGAAAUCGUUCAAGGUGACAGCCUUUCUUCGCUGCUGUUCGUUUUAUGUAUGGACCCGUUGAGCCGUAGGCUUAAUAUCAGACACCUGAGGUAG